CGACGAGCGAGUUUUCAGUCUCUCCUGAAACGUGUGGAGGUGCUGUUGUCCCGACUGCCGUGGCCCGAUACACGUGACUCGCGUUCUAUACCAAGACGCGUUUUGGAGUGAUUCACACAAUAAUAACAACAAAUUUAUCGCUAAAGAAAUACAUAUAUUUUUUUCAUCGCGGUACCCGAUCCUGUGGUUUACUAUGUACAAAGUGGUAUUGCAGUUGAAGAGCAGUUUUGCCUUGUUUUCAGCGCUUUUUAUAACAUUAUUAACAUUCGUCAAAGUAAAAGGUGAAGCAUGUGGCCUGGAGGAGCUGAUGAAGUGCGCCAAACCUCUAUCGGUGCUGACGGAUUCCGGUCUCACCUUCGUCUCAAGCAAGGCCGAUUUGGACAAAAUAUGCCCGGACUUAAAAAUGGCCAUACGCUGCAUACACUCUUACACAAGACAUUGUAUGACACCUAACCACACCAGGCACUUCAAGAAAUUAUUCCACGGCACCAACGUGGUGGUACACGACUUGUGCAAGAACGGCACGUACCAAGAGGAAUAUUUGAGACACGCACCGUGCAUGAAGCAAGUGGAACCGGAGACCGAGGUAUGCUUCAAGAGAUACUCGAAGGCUAUGAAAGAGAUCCAGGCCAACACGCCGCCCACCGACAUCAACGUUGAUGAGAAGGACCUAGUGAGUUACCAGAAGAAGAAACGCGAAGCCGCCGACGAAGGAAUCAAAAGUGUUUGUUGCUCGUUCCAGGAAUACGUGGAGUGUUCGACACAUUCAAUAAGGCGAACCUGCGGCGAAGACGCGGCGGAGUUCAGUCGGAAGUUCCACGACAAAAUGUCUCUGCAGAUGAUACAGAUGCAUUGUACCGAAUAUGGUAGAACAGAAUGCGGAUUAGUAGCGUCUUCUACAAGCAUCAAACAUUCUUGGACAGCUCUUGCAGUAACAUUCCUGGUGGCUUACCUGAUACGAUAGAAAUAAUCGGAAAAAAACAUUCUGUUGGAACAAUAGGAGGAUUAUCUUUUAAAACAUCCAUACAAAUACGGAUUUUAUAAUUGCAUUUAGCGUGGUGUAAGAUUUUUAGGAUUCUCUCAUUAUCAAGUCUCUCUAAUUUGUUUUACUUGCGGAUACUCUGUAUUGUUUUUGUGCAGUUGGUUCUCACGCGGCACCAAGACUGUACAGACUUAACAAAAAUUGUGUUCAUUUUUGUAUAUAAAUAAGGAAAAAUAAUACUUAGCAAAUUAGGCAAUAGAGUUAAACAUAAAGACUGAUAGAUAAUAACUUGUUUUUCCUUAUUUAUCAUAUCGGAAUUUUGUGAUUUCACUGUAAAAAUUGUACAUAAAAUCAUUAUUUUUGGGAAAGAUGCUAUAGAACUAUUUGUUGGAUAGUUGAAACGACUCUAUGUUGUAUUAUUAUUGUUACACCAAAAACUAAAAUAAAUCACAAAAAUACACUUACAGCCACUAAAGACACGAGGUUUAGCUAGGGGUAUAAUGUAGGUAACUUUAUCUAGUCUCUUAACAAAAAAAUAAUUUGUGAUAGAUGUCACAUACCUGUAACAUCUGACGGUGAAACUUGCAUCAUCUUAGAGGUGAAUCUCAUCAGUUGGAACAAUUAAUAAUAAAAGUCUGUACUCCAAAAGUUUCUAUUUAUAACUUAUUCAAAUUACAAUCGGCUUGAUUGCUUUUUGUAAGUCAUUUGUCGAUCCAGAUUCACUUCUUUGCGGAGAACUUGCAACAAAUGACAUAUCGCGCGAGUUUUCUCCAAAGAAGUGACGGUUAAGUUCCUAAUUAUUUAUCGACAAAUGUACUCAAACGUUAUAUUAAUUAUUUAUUAAUUUAUUUUGUUAUAAAUUGUCGCAAACAUUCAUACCAUUCCUGCAUCAUUUUAAUUUCUUUUUUCUAAUUUUUUCUCAGUUGUGUACCACCCGUCCACUAAUAUUUAUCGGUAGUGCGAAUUGUAAAUAAUAAUAGGCAACUCAAAAGACAUGUUAUCGAAUUGUGGUUUUAUUAUAAAGUAUUAAAAAUUUAAAGAGAAUUAUAGAUCAAUAAAAAGGUAUUUUAAAUAUAA